AUGGGGUUUCUACACGACAACAACAUCACCCACAUCUCUGCUAACACAUUUAUAGGACUGGAGUCUCUCUCGAGACUGACUCUACACGAGAACAUGAUCUACAGUAUAGACCAGGGAGCUUUCAACUUCCCACUGCUGUCAGAAAUAACGCUGAGCUCUAACCACCUCGUGUGCGACUGUUCACUCGGCUGGUUCCAAGACUGGUCCUUCAACGUGACGGACAAGGUCCGGCUGGACAAGAUCACGUGUGCGGCACCUGCCAGCCUCGCCGGCGAGGAGCUAACGGCGAUCUCACGGGACUCAUUCAUUUGCCCUUGGCAUUGCGAUACACAGGGCCAAGGAUGCUAUCGCUUUUUCCAAGACUUGAAAACGUUGGAGGACGCCAAUGCUACAUGCGCAGCGAACGGGAGCCACCUAGCGACCCUGUACAGCAAUGCAACCAUGCUGUUCUUCCAAGAGAUUGUACUGAACGACAUCGACAUCUACGACGCUCCAUACUGGAUCGAUGCUAACGACAGGGAUGUAGAAGGCACGUGGGUGGACGCCAACAACAACGAGCUGGUGUUCGCGCCGUGGGCCAGCGGACAGCCGGACAGUGCCUCCGGCGAGGAGGACUGCUCUACCAUCAGAUGCCGAGAAGACGGUACCUGUGUGUUAGAUGACCAACAAUGCAGCGAUCGUUUUCGUUACAUUUGUGCCUAUGAGCUGUGUCCGGCGGAGAACCUGACCACCACACGCGGAGUGUUCCCCUGGCCGGCCACCCAGCCUAACUACACCGCAGAGCUAGACUGUCCACACACCGUCAACGGGCAGACGCACAAGAUGGCGUCUAGACACUGCUCGAAGGAUACAGCUGGUGGCCCGGAGUGGGACGCUCCUGUCAUCUAUGACUGUCCGUAUCACCCUGACUUCACCACCGGCGCGCCCCCCACCCCCCUGCCUACCACCUCAACCACAACAGUCAGGCUACCCACUGCGCAAGCGUCAACAAAUGUCCCGGAUUCUGACUACACCACUCAACAGGAAAAAACAACAACAAUGACGGCAUCUACAACAUUACCUACAACAGAGAGCAUCACCCCUACUACUACUACAGCACAAGCUACAACCACGCAUGCUCCAACUACAACGGUCAUGCCAACGGAUCCGGAAAUGACGACAGACGCUGAUGUGCCGACAACCCGAUCAGACGAUCACCACAUGGAACCGUGCCCAGAACACACCCCGUCCCCAGACAACCCACAGUUCCCCACCCCUGGGGCCACCGUCCCCACGGUCAUUCUUUUGGAGGACUUGGUGAUGUUCCAACCUACCAUAGAAAACGUGGACCAGCUCUCGGCCCGGUUGUCCUCGCUGACCGAGCAGGCCGUUGAGUUCAGCCCGCGGGAGAUAGAGAACGCCGUGGACACGCUGUCCGGGAUCGUGUCGCUGGACGAACUGAGCGAGGAGGCGUCCGCUAACGGGAUCAAGACCGUCAGCAACCUGCUAGUCGCCAUGGAGAGUAGCCUGUUUGAGGCUGAGCUCAAAUUCAACUCUACUAAAAAGAUGCUGGACGCCGUGGGCGCUCUGUCCAUGAAGGUGAACUUCCAGUCGGAAGUGUUUCGGGCGGUCUCAGAACACGUCGGCAUCCUGGUGCUGAACCUGACGGCACCUGAUGACGUCAACGGACUACGCUUCUCCGAGAUCGGCGCCAACAUGACGGCAACACUGUCACAGGGACGGGUACGUAUUAUCUGCGAUAUGAUUAACUAG